AUGGAUGAGAUGCUGGAGUUGUGCGAGGCUUUCUGUAAAGCAACUCGUUUACGAAAUGUGGACAACUAUUUUGAAUUGUCCAACAGCAAAGAUUGGAAUGGCAACGCUAUUCGACUGGUGCUAUGUGAUGAUCCAGAAUUUGGUGGGCAGAAAUUAGCGAGAUUGCGAGCAGUUAGUGAUGAUAUGGAAGUCGAUGGUGGCAACGCCGAUUCAGAUCCUGAUCCUCUGGAUGAUAUUGAAACCCUCAACUCAAACGAAUGUGUAGUGAGCUGGAAUGAAUGUUUUGAAAAAUUUUAUUUUUGA